AUGGAGGGGUUGGGGUGGGGGGGGGGGUGGGGUAAUGAUGGUGGGGAUGGGUUAAGGGGUGUUAGGGGGGGGGGUGUGGGUGGGAUGGGGGUGGUUGUGUGUAUAUUUGUGGGGAGGAAUGUGAGGGGGGGGGGGGUAAUUUUGGGGGGUGGGGGGUGGGGAGGUGAGGUGGGGGGGUGGGGUUGGGGGGGGGGGGGGGUUAUAGGAGAUGGGGGUUUGGGGGAGGUGUGUGGGGUGGGGAUUGGGGGGGGUGGGGUUUUGGUGUUAGAUAGUGAGAGAAGUAGGGGGAUAAGAGGGGUAGAGAGGGAGGUGAUGAGGGAGGGGGGAGAUGAGAUGAGUGUGGGGGGUGGGGGAUGUAUAAGGGUUGUGGUGGUGGGGGUGUGGGUGUUGGGUGUUGGGGGGGGGGGGGGGGGGGUAGGAUGUUGGGUGGUGGGAUGGGGGGGGGGGGGGGGGGGGGGGGGAUGUGUAAGGGAUAAGGAUAGUUUGUGGGGGGGAUUGAGGGAAGGAAGGAGAAGGGUUGUAGUUGGUGGUAGUGGGGGUGUGGGGGGAUGUAGGGGAGUUAGGGGAGUGGGUGGGGGGGUUGGGGGGUAUAGAGGGGUGUUGGUAUUUAUUGGGUAUGGGGGUGGGGGGGAUUGUUGGUGGUGGGUGGGGGGUAGGGGUGGGUUGUGGGGUUGGGGUGUUGGGGGGGGGUGUGUGUAUGGGUGGGGGGGGGAGGGGGGGGGGGUAGGGAAUGUUGGUGGGGGGGUGGGAUUGGUGGGUGUGGGGUAUGGAGGGGGUUGGUGUUUGGGGGGGGGUUGGGUGGUGAUGGGGGUGGGGGUGGGGGGUGUGUUGGGGAUUUGGGGGGGGUGGGGGUGUGUGGGUUGGUGGGGGGGGUUGGGGUGGGUGAGUUGUGGGGUAGGGGGGGGGGGGGUGGGGGUGGGGUUGGAUGGUGGGGUGGGGUUAGUGUGUGGGUUGUGGGUGAGGGGGGGGUUGGAUGGGUUGGGUUUGUAUUGGUAG